CACGUGACGCGGGUGGCAUGCCCACCAGGUUGUGAUGCUGAAGAUGGCGUGUUGUGGGAGCUGUUUGUGUUGUCAAUGCUGUUGCAGAGAGGGAGAAACCAGAACACCAGAGGAGCUGACGAUCCUGGGUGAAACCAGGGAAGAUGAAGAUGAAAUCCUACCACGGAAAGACUACGAGAGUUUGGAUUAUGACCGGUGUAUUAAUGAUCCCUAUGUGGAGGUGUUGGAAGGGAUGGACAAUAAGAAAGCCAAAAAGUUUGAAGCUGUCAAGUGGCUGUUAGUGUUUGCUAUUGGAGUAUCGACAGGCCUGAUUGGCGUCCUUGUCGAUUUCUUCGUGCACCUCUUCACCCAGCUGAAGUUCAGACUUGUAGGAAAAUCUGUGGAGGAAUGCACUGAAAAUGGCUGCCUAGCUUUGUCAUUGCUUGAACUUCUAGCAUUCAAUAUGGCAUUUGUGUUUAUCGCCAGCGUCCUGGUUCUGAUCGAGCCUGUGGCUGCUGGAUCAGGUAUUCCAGAAAUCAAAAGUUACCUGAAUGGCGUGAAAAUCCCAGGAAUCGUACGACUGCGCACCUUCAUCUGCAAAGCCGCCGGGGUUCUGUUCGCUGUAGCCGGAGGUUUGUUUGUGGGAAAAGAAGGACCCAUGAUCCACAGCGGUGCCAUUGUAGGAGCUGGACUUCCCCAGUUUCAGAGCAUCACCUUCAAGAAAAUCCGUUUUCAGUUUCCCUACUUCCGUAGUGACAGGGAUAAGAGGGAUUUUGUGUCUGCAGGCGCAGCAGCAGGAGUGGCUGCAGCCUUCGGGGCUCCCAUCGGGGGUACUCUGUUUAGUCUGGAGGAAGGAUCAUCUUUUUGGAACCAAGCGCUUACGUGGAAAGUGCUGUUCUGCUCCAUGUCGGCCACCUUCACUCUCAAUUUCUUUCGCUCUGGAAUCAACUACAACCAAUGGGGAUCCUUCCAGCUGCCUGGCCUGCUCAACUUCGGAGAGUUUAAGUGUCCAGACGGAGAUAAGAAGUGUCAUCUAUGGACAGCGGUGGACCUGGCUUUCUUCGUGCUGAUGGGGUUAGUGGGCGGUCUCCUCGGCGCCACCUUCAACUGCAUCAACAAGCGGCUCGCCAAGUACCGCAUGAGGAACGUCCACCCCAAAGCUAAAUUCAUUAGGGUGCUGGAGAGUCUGCUGGUGUGUCUGGUGACUACUGUGGUGAUUUUUAUAUCCUCCAUGACCCUGGGCGAGUGCAGGGAUUUAGUCUCCCCAGCAGCUAACAACACAACAGCACAAAUAACAUCAAACGAGGAUGUGAACUCAACGAUACGGCGGUUCUUCUGCUCCAAUAAGACCUACAACGACAUGGCAACACUUUUCUUUAACCCACAGGAGACAGCAAUACACCAGCUGUUCCACCAAGAUGCCACCUUUAGUCCAGUCACACUCUCUCUGUUCUUUGUGCUGUAUUUUUUGCUGAGCUGUUGGACAUAUGGUGUCUCGGUCCCUAGUGGACUCUUUGUCCCUUCACUACUCUGUGGAGCCUCUCUUGGACGCCUAGUGGCCAACGUCCUUAAAAUGAAUCUUGUUAUGCAGAUAUACUCAGGGACUUUUGCUCUGAUUGGAGCAGCUGCCUUUCUGGGAGGCGUGGUACGCAUGACCAUCAGCCUCACCGUCAUCCUCAUCGAGUCAACCAAUGAGAUCACAUAUGGUCUUCCCAUCAUGAUUACACUAAUGGUGGCCAAAUGGACAGGAGAUUUGUUUAAUAAGGGAAUUUACGAUAUUCAUAUUCAUCUCAGAGGAGUGCCGCUGCUGGAGUGGGAGACUGAAGUAGAAAUGGACAAACUAACCGCCAGUGACAUCAUGGAGCCCAACGUGACCUAUGUGUAUCCACACACACGCAUCCAGUCUUUGGUCAGCAUUUUGAGGACCACCGUGUAUCACUCCUUCCCCGUGGUCACCGAGAACCGGGAAAAUGAAAAAGAGUUCAUGAAGGGGAACAUCCUUGUCAGCAACAACAUCAGAUUUAAGAAAACGAGCGUGCUGACGCGGGCCGGGGAGCAGAGGCGGAGGUGCCAGUCGAUGAAAUCGUACCCUUCCAGUGAACUGCGCAACGUAUGUGAUGAGCAGGUGGGGGUGGAGCUAGCUGAGGAAGGUCAGGACAUGCUGCAGCAGAUGCUGGACAGGAGACACGCACCGUAUCCGAGUCUGUACCCAGACCAGUCCCCCAGCGAGGAGUGGAGUAUGGAGGAGAGGUUCCGCCCACUCACCUUUCACGGCCUCAUCCUGCGCUCACAGCUCGUCAACCUGCUCAUACGUGGCGUGUGUUACGCUGAAAAUCAAUCGAGUGCGUCUCAGCCACGACUCUCCUACGCAGAGAUGACGGAGGAUUACCCACGCUUCCCUGACAUUCAUGAUCUAGACCUCACCCUCCUCAACCCACGCAUGAUAGUGGAUGUGACUCCUUACAUGAAUCCAAGUCCAUACACAGUCUCUCCAAACACGCACGUCUCUCAGGUCUUUAACCUGUUCAGGACCAUGGGGCUCCGCCACCUGCCUGUGGUCAACGCAGUAGGAGAGAUUGUAGGAAUAAUCACAAGACAUAAUUUGACCCAUGAGUUCUUAAUGGCGAAGCUCAGACAGCAUUCCAUCACCAUCUGAGAGGAGCGCUCACAUCAUCUGUUAUCGGCUGCAGCUCAGAUGGACCCAGGUGUGUGUGUUUAUGUAUGUGUGUGUGUGUGUGAGCCAUGUCUCUACUCACACUUGGCCAGCUCUCACUGUUAAGCCAAUCCUGGGUAUUUCCUGGACCACUACAACAUGGUAAAGCAUGCUCAUAUUGACCGACACACACACACACACACACACAUGUAAACACACAGGCAGACUGUAUCAUACUAAUUUAAAGGCCGAGUCAUGAAACAUUCUCGCGUGUGUUAAACAUUUGCCUUGCUUUAUGAACCUCACUGUAGCACUUUUUUUUUUUUUCUUGGACGUUCAUUAUGUUUUGGUGUUUCUGUUCCCUGACGUUUUUGUAUUUGUCUUAAUAUGCUCUUGCACUAACUGUUCAUUUCAACAGGAAUGUAAAGUUAAGGCCAGAAGGGAAGGUUACUGAAAGUGUGGCACUUUCCCAUGUCCAUCCUACAGUGUUUCAUAUAUGAUUUUAACUCCCCCAUCAGUGUUCCAUCAGAGUCGGGGGGGGGUUGAACUGGCGUUAAAUCUGAAUCUCAUCUCAAAAGCAGGGCAGUUCCAGGAUCGGAUUGUUUAAAAUGGCAUUCAUGUCUCUUUUUAUUCAUUUUAGUAUUAUGAAUACUCCAGCAUUUGGUUUGUUUUGUUUUUUUCAAAUUCGCAUGUAUGUGUGAUGACUACAGACAAUAACUAAGUCUUGGAAUGUUUCCCUGUACUGAGAACAGAACAAAAACCGUUUACUCCAAAACUGAUUCAUAAUGGAUGCUUAAGAGAUAUUGGGGAUUUCAGUUAUUGAAAUUUCAUAUGUUACUAUAUAGCAGACAUUCAGCUCAACAACCAUGACACUUUAAAAGUUAAAAAGUCUUAAGAUAGGAUGUUCUUGAGAAAACAAUCUUACCAACUCUGCUGCUUUUUAUAGAACAAUCUGAUCAUAGCAUGAAAAGUGACAUAAACCUAUAUAAUGCUUUAUAAAUGCUCUUCCCAGCAGGUAUCAGCUGGCAUAAGGACUGCUUUUAUUCAUUUUAAUGUCAUUGUUAUGUUAUUAUUAGUUCCAGAAAUACGAUGGCACCGUAGUUCGUUUUUGUUUUGUUUUUAACUAUUACUUGACCCACAAGCAUUAAGUUUACGUUAAGCAUUAACGCAGUGUCAUGACAAUUAUGUACAUUUUCUCUGACACUGUUUAGUUGAUGUCAGUUGAAUUUGAGUAGGUGGUUGUUUAUUAGUAACAGAUAUCCUCAAAUUGAAAAUUCCCUAUUUUAAAAAUUAUGGCUUGAUUUACAGAUCAUUUUAAAUAAAGAAGUGUUUGACCCAACAACUUCUAUUAGAAGUGAGUUUACAGUAAACAGGGUGUUUGUUGUUGUUGUUCUUUUCUCAGCACAGGAAAAGUGUCAGUGUGUCCACAUACUCUAUACACAUAGUAGCUACAGAUUGAAAUACACCGGAGUAGUCCUUUAUAACCAAGCUUACAGGAAGAAAUGAAAAGACUUUUACUCUCUGAACCCUUUGAGGGACCAGCUUUAGUUCAUCUAUAGUCGUUCUUUAUGAAUAAGCAUCAUAUCAGAUGCCAAUUUAAUUUAUUAUUCCAAUUUGGAGUAAUAACAGUAUUUUAAGAAACGGUGCAAUUGCCGUCAUACGAGAAGGAGGGCUCAUACAAAUGUACUGCUCCUCUUACGAGAGAGAGAGAGAGAGAGAGAGAGAAAAGAAGCUUUCUCAGGGUGUGUUUGUAUUGUUGAACUGAUCAAAAUACCACACAAGGACAGGUUAUUAAAGACAUGUCUGAUACUGUGGUGUAACAGUAGAAAGCCGUUUAGGCACAGCACCUAUCAUUCACGUUCAUGUGGUGUAAUAUUGUGUAUAGUGUUGGAAAUUUAUGGCAUGAAUACACUAAGCAUUCCUUUUUUAAAUUGCUAUCAUUUUAUUAUUUUUUUAUUAUUCUGUUCUGUAUUUAAGAUUAAGCUUCCGUUGAGAUUUAUUUGCUGAAUGAUGUUAGCGUUUUAAAUGCUUUAAUAUGGAUCGGUCAGUGUUUUUCUUUCGAAAAAGCUACACAUUUCGAGUGUUCGUAUUUUCCUCAAGCAGAUGAUGUGAACCAAGUAAACUGUAAAGGAACUUUCCUUCACCUCCUCCGUUACAUGUAGGUGACUGUAAUUCUUCCCUUCUGUUUAAUUACACCUUUCUCGACUACACUGUCUUUCAUACACGCAGUGAGAAACUCAAUAUGAUUUCUUAUUAUCUUGAUUAGUGUAGUAGUAGUAUUUCAGCAUUAAGCGUGUCAGUCUCAAUAGCAGCAAACUAACUCCACCAACAUGUCCAACAUUGGAUUAUUUAAGGUUUAUUUUGUGUAGAUUUUCAGUAUUAUAUUCAUCUGCUUCUGAGAUUCACAUGCAAGCUUGCAUACUGAUGGAGUCACCUGACUCGAAGAUUUAGUUAGUUCGGGUUUCUUUACGAAUAGAAACGAUUUUGACCCCAGCCCUUACUGUUAUCUGUACACACCUGCAUAUCUACAUCCCAUGUCAGUUUUAUGAGGAAAUAAUAUUCAUUUCCGAACAGUUAACAAUCACAGAGUCAUGACCAGCUUUUUUUAUCCAUGACCCCCUGCCCUCUUUUUUUUGUUUUAUUGAUGAUGAUGUUCCACUUGUCCUGCCUUGGUUUCUCUGUAAUUGACACGCAUUGAGAUUGAUGCAAAGUCCUGUGCCUUGACCCGACUUAUAAUAAACAUUACUGCAAGCUACUGAAUGAAGACUCGCAUG